AGCAAAUGAACUGCUCGCUUAGGGGCUUGGGUUGGCCAAGGGUGGGUUAAGGUCAAACCUCAGGUCUUGGAAAAGUCCAUGUGGGGUACCCUAGGUAGGAACUGAACUACAACUCCCAGCACCACACGGGGCAACUCGUGCUAACUUAAGGGGGUGUCUACCGUCCCCCACCUUUGAGGCCCCUCUUUCCUCGAAAGGCAUCCGAAUCCCGAAGACCUCUGCGGAUUGUAGCUCCUCCAAGACUUUACUGUUAGCUGCGAUCCGCCCCCUGACCUCAUGAUUUCUGGGUAACGUAGUCUGUUCUGAUCGUUUCUCCGAAAAUGAGCCCUCCCCUUCUACCCGUUCGUUCCCUUCCGUAAAGACUACAAGGCCCAGAAAACAUCGCCGGUUCCUCCUCGUCCAAUAGCAGUCACUCAUGUAGCGGGGCGCGGAGCCCGGCUCUCCCAACUCAAGAUGGCGGAUGAGAGUGAGACAGCAGUGAAGCCGUCGCCGCCGCCGCCUCCGCCGCCGCAGCUGAUGGAAGGGAACGGGAAUGGCCAUGAGCACUGCAGCGACUGCGAGAACGAGGAGGAGAACAGCUACAACCGGGGUGGUUUGAGUCCAGCCAAUGACAGUGGAGCCAAAAAGAAGAAAAAGAAGCAGAAGAAGAAGAAAGAGAAAAGCAAUGAAACAUUGGAUUCUGCCCAGGACCAGCCUGUGAAGGUGAACUCUUUACCAGUGGAGAGGAUCCAGGAAAUCCAGAAAGCCAUCGAGCUGUUCUCAGUAGGCCAAGGACCUGCCAAAACCAUGGAGGAAGCCAGCAAGCGCAGUUACCAGUUUUGGGACACUCAGCCUGUACCGAAGCUUGGAGAAGUGGUGAAUACCCAUGGUCCCGUGGAACCUGACAAGGACAACAUCCGUCAAGAGCCCUACACCCUGCCCCAGGGCUUCACCUGGGAUGCCUUGGACCUAGGGGACCGAGGCGUGCUGAAAGAACUGUACACUCUCCUGAAUGAGAAUUAUGUGGAAGAUGAUGACAACAUGUUCCGAUUUGAUUACUCACCAGAGUUCCUUUUGUGGGCUCUUCGCCCCCCAGGCUGGCUCCCUCAGUGGCACUGUGGAGUCCGAGUCAUCUCAAGCAAGAAGCUGGUGGGCUUCAUCAGUGCCAUCCCUGCAAGCAUCCAUAUCUAUGACACAGAGAAGAAGAUGGUAGAGAUCAACUUUUUGUGUGUCCACAAGAAAUUGCGUUCCAAGCGGGUGGCACCAGUGCUGAUUAGAGAGAUUACCCGGAGAGUCCACUUGGAGGGCAUCUUCCAGGCUGUUUACACUGCUGGGGUAGUACUACCCAAACCUGUCGGCACUUGCAGGUACUGGCACCGGUCCCUUAACCCACGGAAGUUGAUUGAAGUGAAAUUCUCACAUUUGAGUAGGAACAUGACCAUGCAGCGCACCAUGAAGUUAUACCGACUACCAGAGACUCCAAAAACAUCUGGGUUGCGACCCAUGGAAAAGAAGGACAUUCCAGUGGUGCACCAACUCCUGACCAAGUACUUGAAGCAGUUCCACCUGACCCCCGUCAUGAGCCAGGAAGAGGUGGAGCACUGGUUCUUCCCUCAGGAGAACAUCAUUGACACUUUCGUGGUGGAGAAUGCAAAUGGUGAAGUGACGGACUUCCUGAGCUUCUACACUCUGCCCUCCACCAUCAUGAACCACCCAACCCACAAGAGCCUGAAAGCUGCUUAUUCCUUUUACAACGUUCACACCCAGACCCCACUUCUAGACCUCAUGAGUGACGCUCUGGUCCUCGCCAAAUUGAAAGGAUUCGAUGUAUUCAAUGCACUGGAUCUCAUGGAAAAUAAAACAUUCUUGGAGAAGCUGAAAUUUGGAAUCGGGGAUGGCAACCUGCAGUAUUAUCUCUACAAUUGGAAGUGCCCCAGCAUGGGAGCAGAGAAGGUUGGACUGGUGUUGCAGUAAUCAGGUGCCAAUGAAAAUCGGACAAAGCCACUGAGAAUUCAGAGCAGGACAUGGAACCCGCCGCUGUUGGUCUGAUUUUCAUGGAGGCGAGAAUCCCCAGCUGAGGGAACAGAACCGAACCAGCUACACCAAACAGCCACUGACUUUGAUAAUUGUAUCACAACAGCGUAGGCUGUCACCUCUGGCGGCUUCUCUGGUCUCUGUUUUCCAAUUAAUUACAUCCUCAUGCAGCCAUGAUCAAGGGAAUGUAACUGCUGAAAACUAGCUCAUGAUUGGCAUAUUAUGGAGUUAACGGGUGAAUAAUAAAAAUAUAUAUAUUAUAUAUAUAUAUAAUAUUUUAAAUAUCUUUCAUGUUCCAGACUUACAAGGAUGUUUGGUCCCCAGUGAAAAGUUGUGUCCAGCAAAAAUCCUUAACGUAAGAGCCAGGGAGUCAGUAUGUUAAUGCCACCAGUCAUUGCCCUCUGAAGAAUGGCACUGGCAUUGAUGUUUGGUGGGGUGGCAAGGGUGAGGAACCUCCCCCUUGGUUCCCAUCUGCUUUGGGAGUAGAACAGGUGAAGGGGGGAGGAAUUUAAAUAGGAGCAUAGUAGGGUAAGAGAAGUUCAGGUCAUUUUUAAAUCUUACGGAUGUGCUCAGGGCUGGUAACAUGGCACAUGGGCCUACUGGCUGAGAUGGAGCCCCACAGACAGAGCUGUAGAGUGAAAGUCAGGCCCAGGCUGCCAAUGUUUCUUCUGCCUGACCCCAAAGAGCAGCACAGGGCCUGUUGGAAUGGGUAGGGGAGAAAGUUAUAUGGACAUAGCCCUCCUGGGCAGUUUCAGUUAGGAUUUAACUUACUCCCUACUCCUUCCAUUACCAUCAUUACAGUCUCUACUCUCUAGGAAACUAAUUUAUGGAUUCCAUUUUAAAGGGCUAUCUGGAUAGUUGUUGCCAUCCUUUGUAGGGAUCAUUUUCCUGUGGGAUGUUAGAUCUUCUGCUUAGUGUGACUGUCAGCUUGAAGGGGACCUCAGACCUCCUUGUAGCUUCUGGGACAGUACAGCACAGCAGUGCCAUUCCUGUUAGCAGAAGCACGUACCCAUUGCCCAGGGUACGUUGCAUGAGCGACAACUGUCAGGAUAUGAUGAGGCCCAUGAGGCUGCUCACCCAGAUGCCUUUCUGCUACCAGUCAUGAGCCCGUGCCUUCCAGCUGUUCUCAUCACAUUAACCAUUCUCCACUGCCCAUUCUGGGGACCCCUCUAUGCUUCUCUGGGGGCAGCUCAAGAGCGGCUGGGGUUGGGGAGAGGGAUGUUGAUUUUAGACAGAUUAGGCAACUCAGCUAUUAGAAACAAAGGGGUUUUUCAUGCUGUCUUCUUGGCCCAUAUUUCAGUGCUGGGUUGUUCUAUGCUUUUAAUUGCCCUUGACUUACAGAGCGGGCCAGGGAGCAUUGUUUUGCAAAGUUUUGUUUUCACCUAAGUAUAAUCUCAUAGCUUUUGCUCUAGAGGGAAAAAAAACCAACCUCAGUGGUGGACAGAGAACAUUAUGUACAGGGGCUUCUUGCUGCUUUUACCUUUUGGGCUCUUUCAGGUGAAAGUGAAACCUCAGUCGGAAUGCCAGGCCAGGCCAUCUCUGGUCCCACUGACUGAAGCCGCCUUUGUCAGAGUCAAGGGUUUGUUCCAAGGUAUGGGUUUGGUUGGCAUUUUCAGGGGGAUGAUUCUGAAGCUGGGACUAUUUUUGUAUGAAUUUGGCCACAAUGUGUUUGGAGACUGGACUAUUGGGUAUUGCUGGGAUCGAGGAAAAUCUUGCUUGCCCUCUGUAGACCUGUAAGAAUGGGUCAAAGUCCCCCCACCACUGGAGUUAAGUUUCUUCAAAGGUCUUUGGAACCCUAUCCUUUUAUUUUUUUCCCCUGUGAAUUGUUCAAAAAAGAACACCUAUCACUGCAGGACCCAGUGGAUAAUAGAGGAUCUUUGAGCCCCUUAAGGCAAGGCUACUGAGACCAAAGCAGCUGCCUAUUGGCCAGCAGUAUUCUCAUGGAAAAUUAAAUGGGAAGGAGCAGGGAGCCAAGGUGUCCCAGACUUGAUCUUCUUCAUAGAGAUUCAAGUCCACUAAAAACUAACAGACCCAUUACCCAGCUCUUUCCUGCCUUAGGCAGUGGGGUGAAAAGGGAAAGUCCUGUACUCCCCUGUCCUCGACCUGCUUUGAACCACCUCAGACAAGGCCAUGGGAGGGGAGGCAUGUGUGGGAUUUCAAUUGUGUAAAGCUUUCUCAGGGGAUGAGAAGAUGAGUUUGCUCAUCUUGGUUAGCCUGGAUCAUGAAAUGGAAACUCAGGCGCUUAAUUCCACUGGCCCAGGAAUAUCCAGAACCCUUGGCAAAGGUGUCUUUCCAGGAUUGAUGGAGCCUAAGGCCUUUAUACAGUUGGCACCAUGUGGCCAGGUGUGACAUCCUGAACACCAGUCCCUUGGCUUUCUCGUGAAUAAGAUCAUCAUUCAUUUGAUCAGAAUGCCAGGACUUUGAAUUCUCAUGAUCCUUUUCUGCUUGCUGUGCCAUUUCAUCUAGAUUUUUAAAAGUCAGCAUAGAGUUGUUAAACCAGCCCCUGGAGUUUGAUCCUAUCCUCUACCCUACCCUUGGGAUUUCUGGGCCUAAGCCCAGAAGGAAUCACUGUGUGAUCCCAGGUCCUCCUUCCAGCUCUUGGAGUAACCAAGGAAGCUGAGGGUUAAUGGUACCACUACGUCCCUGGAGGGGGGGCUAACCAAAGGGGUCUAAUGGACCCAGGUGGCAUCCUGUGAUUUCCUGUGAAUUUUUGCUUCUUUAUUGUGGUGCCCUGGCCUUCUGGCCCUCAUACAUUGCCACCCAGGUUGGCUUCAAACACAUUCUUUUCCAAAGAUGUCUUUGGAAUUGCUCUCACCAUGUGACCGCUGAUCCUAUGGUACAGUUUGGUAGGCUCCCACUGGCUCUUGCAAUUAAAGCCCUCUCUUGCCUGAGCCAGAAACCUGAGAGAGAAGGUCUCCUGUGAAACUUGCCCCUCCCCUACACCCAGUUACCUUUUGCUGCGUAAGUCCUAUUCUGAAGAAACUGAUGCUUUGCUCCAAGGUCAAGAUUAAAAAAAAAAAAAACAACAACCAGUCCAGUCCUUAGUGGGGACACACUAAAGCAUUGCUGUUUGCCCUUCAACUGUGUGGGGAAAGAAUUAAGUCCUGCUUUUUCUUACCUACCUCCAGUUUCCUUUUCCUUCCUUUUUUCUGGCUUAGGCCACUCUGGAACCUAGAUGGAAGUUCCUUUGUGUGUGUUGUGCCAUCCCAACCACACCUCCCAAAAGAUAAACCAUUAAAAAUUGAGAUGUAUGGUAGACUUAAGUGGACUUCUAAUGGAGCUGGGCCAGGAAGGUGUCAGGCUACCUGCAGUGGACUAAAUAAUGAUGGUCCCAAAGCAAGUGGUUGAUGAGACCUUCAAGGGUGUUGCUAUCCAGGUUUGGGUUAAAGAAGGUGAUGCCUUGGGAUGCGGAGAAGAUAAGAGUUGUCUCCUCCCAAAACUCUCAGCUGGGGUGGGAGAUGGGUGGGAACCUGGUCCUCCACUGAGGGCCUUGUUGAGGGGGACAUAAGAUCAUCCAUUUGUAACUUUCUACUGUGUGACUUGGCAGAACUGAAAAAUGUGACUUUGGGUGUCCCCUCCCACUGAUAACACUGGACGAUGAUCUAAGCAGGUGGGCCCUGAAUGGGGGGGGGGGGGGGCAUUUUGGAGAGGGAGGUUUGGUGAAGGGGCUUCCAUUUCAGAGGAGCAGGGAAUAAAGACAAGAAGUUGUGUGUGGCUGGGUCAUGAGUGAUUGCAAUUUCCUUAAUUCUAAUAAAGCAGCUGAAACCCUU